AUGUCAGUGGGAUGUGGAGUAAUUCGCCGACUUAAUUUCUUGGGGGAUAAUUUCUGGGUGAUUGGAGUAUAUUUGUAUAUGGGGUUGGAUGAGAAGAGCGAUUUUAUGGAAUUAGUUGGUGUGGGACAGAAAGAUUGGGGCAUAAAUCCAGCCCGUCCGCAAAAUAGCGAGGCUGAUGGAGAGUUAUUAGGAUGGGUUGAUCGUAUGGGUGGCAAUUGA